GCAUGAUCUUUUUAUUCAGAAGAAAUGAGUGUAACUACUAUUGCACUAAGAGUUGAAACCUGGCUUUUAGCUACGUGGCAUGUUAAAGUUCCUCUAAUGUGGCUAGAAGCUUGUAUUAAUUGGAUCCAAGAAGAAAACAAUGAUACUGAUUUGAGCCAAGCACAGAUAAAUAAACAAGUAUUUGAACAGUGGCUUCUUACUGAUCUGAGAGAUUUGGAGCAUCCUAUUUUACCUGAUAGCAUUUUGGAAAUUCCCAAAGGAGAACUGAAUGGAUUUUUUGCUCUACAGAUUAAUUCAUUGAUUGAUGUAAGUCAGCCUGCAUAUUCCCAAAUACAGAAGUUGAGAGGUAAGAAUACAGCAAAUGACCUAGUUACUGCUGAAACUCAGGUUACCCAAAGACCUUGGGAGGCAAAGCCUUCACGAAUGCUGAUGCUACAGCUUACAGAUGGAAUUGUACAAAUACAAGGAAUGGAAUAUCAGUCUAUUCCAGCUCUUCAUAGCAAUCUUCCCCCAGGCACAAAAAUUUUGAUUUCUGGAAACAUUUCUUUUCGACUUGGUGUUAUCUUACUAAAGCCAGAAAACGUGAAGGUUUUGGGUGGAGAAGUAGAUGCUCUUUUAGAGGAAUAUGCCCAAGAAAAAGUACUUGCAAGAUUAAUUGGGGAACCUGACUCUGUAGUUUCAGUCGUAACAAGUAAUUCAAACCAGAGUGUUCCCAGAAAUACAGACAUUCUAGAAUCUGCAGUAGGACCUUCUGAUGAAGAACUCUUGGCAAGUCUUGAAGAAAGUGAUGAGCAUCCUGUUAAUAAUGAUGCCUCCUUAGAAAAAGGACAAUUUGGCAUAUGUAGUUCUUCAAAUAGUAUUUCCCCAGAACAGUCAUCUGUUGAAACAGGGUUUGUUAAUUUUUCAAGGCCAAAUGAGAGACCUCCAAAUCAAUCUAUGCUCAUUGAUGAUGAGUUAGAUGACUUUUCACUGGAGGAGGCUUUACUUUUAGAAGAAGCUGUUCAGCAAGAACAAAUUGAGACUCAAGAGUUUCAGCCACUGACUUUUAACAAAAAUACAGUUGAAAGUGUGAAGAGAUUUUCUCAUGAUGAUAUGGAUGAUUUUUCUUUGAGUUGCCAAGAUAGAAAUAAUCAGAAUGAAGAAAACAUAUCUGGACAAAUAACUAAUGGAGACAAAUUUUUCAGUUGUCCAUCUGCUAAUCAAAACCAUGUUGUUUCAGCUCGUGAUGGAUCAUUACCUUAUGAUUUUGCAAAUAAAGAUAAGAACUCAGAAAUAGACAAUAAGAUAAAACAAAUCAGAUCAGAUGAAUGUUCCUUAAACAAUGAAAUAAUAACUGGAGAACUGGUCAGUAAUGUAACAGAAAGGAAUUCACAAAUUUCUAAUGAAAAAAACUACCAUUUACAGACCCAUUCCUUAAGAUCAUCAGAGACAACCACUAAUCUUUCUGUUGCUUUGGAUUUGUAUUCUCCACCCUUUAUCUAUUUGUCUGUUCUAAUGGCUAGCAAACCAAAGGAAGUUACAACAGUGAAAAUCAAAGCUUUUAUUGUAACCUUAACUGGAAAUCUCUCAAGUUCUGGUGGUGUAUGGAAUAUAGCAGCAAAAAUUUCUGAUGGCACUGCCUAUCUAGAUGUAGACUUCAGAGAUGAAAUACUUACGAGUUUGAUAGGGUUUUCAGUAGCAGAAAUGAAAAAAUUGAAAAAGGAUCCUCUUCAAUACCAGAAGUUCCUGGAAGGUUUGCAGAAAUGUCAGAGAGAUUUAAUAGAUUUGUGUUGUCUAAUGACUAUUUCAUUUAAUCCCUCUUUAUCUAAAGCAACAGUACUGGCAUUACAAGAUGUUAAUGUGGAACACUUUGAGGACCUAAAGAAGCGACUGAAUAAUUAAGUUAUCAAAAUUGUGUCCAAAAAAGCCAAGGAAUAUUUAGAAUUUAUCAUUUUGUUUUUUAACACUCCUUGUUUUUAUUACUAUUUAUUUAUUUUUGGUUUUGAGCCAUACCCAGUGGUGCUCAGGAGUUUCUUCUGGCUCUACACUCAAGCUCUCUCUGCUUGGACUUGGAGGACCAUAUGGGAUGUGGGAGUUGAACCCAGGUUGGCUGCAUGCAAGACAAAUGCCCUACCAGCUGUGCUAUCACUCUGGCCCCCAAAACGUCUUUUUUUUUUUUUUUUUUUUUUAAUUAUUUUUUGAGCCACACUUGGUGGUGCUUAUUCUGGAUCCUAUACUCAAGAACCAGCCUGACUUGGACCGUAUGAAAUAUUGAG